AUAACUUACUACGAGACAGGUUCAGUUGGGAGAUUCUGUACAAAGAUAAGAAUCAUGGAGAUGAAUAAAAGCUCAGAAACGGUGUUUUCCGACGAAAAAGAUGUCAAAUCUUCCACAAGUAAUAUUUCUAUAGCUAGAAUUGUGUCAAUCGUCAUCUUGGCUGUCGGUUUAAUCUUUCUUCUCGCAGGGAUUGUGCUCAUUGUGCUUGCAAUGAGCAAUGAUAAGAAAGACACAGGGCAGCGAGAUCAAAACAGAUGCGAGUUUUCAAGGGAAGCUAAACGAGUUGGCCUGGGUGAGUUUCUUAAUCGUGUGAAGGCAACGUAUCAUAAACUUCAUCCUUAUGAUGUACACCUAGAACCAGACGUAACAACAGAGAAAAUCAAAGCAGAGUACUUUGCUUACGAUCCAACGCCAUCUGUGAUCAAAAAGCGGACGGAUACUGCCUUGGCUUUGCUUAAAGAAAUCAACGAUAAAAAGAUCAACGAGAACACGUUGAAACCCCGCGAGAGGAAGGCACUUGCUCAAGUGAAGCAUUAUCUACAGCAUAUAUUCGGUCAGCCAUUUGAUGCGAAUUACUACAAUGGAGACUGGAUGAUGGGACCGAAUUCGUUUUGCUGGCAGGAAAUCUGCUAUCAUGGAUAUGCAGUUCAUAAUGGCCUGGGUCUGUACCACAAGCCUUACAGUGUAGCUGACGUGGAGCUGAUCGAAAAGAAACUGAAAACUCACAAAGCUGGCAUUUUGCAAUACGUCGCCAAUAUGAAGAUGGGAGUUCGCAAAGGAAUGGUUAGAAGCGUAGAGGAGUGCGUAGCUGGAAUUAAUACAAUCAAAAGACGGUAUUUGAAUGUUUCCCUAUACAACGCAACAGGUGUGCUAAAAGCGUGGUUCGUCCGACCCCUGAUGGAUCCUGAUUAUUACAGUAACAUCACAGAAAAGACUGAUAAGAAAUGGAAGGCGGCGCACGAUGGAAAGAAUGUCAAAGAAACUAUCAAAGAAUAUCUGGUGACUUAUUUAGGGGAACCACUUGAACAAAUGUUAAGAUACGUCGAGGAAGAACACAUUCGUCAUUGUGUUCCAAGUAACGUGUCUAGUGGAUUAGCUGGUCUUCCACUCAAGUAUAUUUGGUUCGAUGGCAAAGAGAACACGCUCCAGCCCACAGACCCAUAUCUGCCCACUGGUGAACCGCUGAAUGGAUCGUUGGCGUAUUCCAAUAUCAUGUCCUAUUUCACAACAAAUAACAUGACAGCAAUGGACGUUCACGAGCUUGGUAAAAAGCAACUUGAUAUUCUCUAUCCCAUGGUUGUCGAUGUUGCAAAACUUGUUACUGGGAUCAAUGAUACCAACAGUGCCAUAUCGGAAUUCAGAGAGAUCCUAACUUCAUCUGAUAGUUAUUUCAAUGCGGAUCCAUUCCCCCAAAACGAGUCGGACAAAGAGGCACACAAGAAAUGCAGUGACAUUGAAGGAGCUAAGAAACAUUGUCCUACGAGGUGGGCUGCUCUUGAGCUCUGGAUGGCUGAAUCAAGAAAGGUGAUGAGUUUGCUCGCCCCAAAGACUAUUCCUCUCUUCCACUACACUGGAGAUUAUGCUACUACACCGAGCUGCCCGGUUGACAUGCAGCCCAAUCUGAAUCCUUCCAGUGGAGCUCAAAGCUAUCGUAGUGCGGGUCCAAACUGCACAAAAAGCGCCAUAUACAGACUUCCAUUUUUUUUGGAAAAUCUGGGUCCCAGGUUUUCUGAAUGGAGCGUUAACGCUCAUGAAGCGAGGCCAGGACAUCAUACACAGGUUCAGGGUAACGCAGAACACUUCCGUGACAUUUGCGGUGGUGUUAUUGGUUGGCUUGAUAGUGUCACGUACUACACAGCGUUUACAGAGGGAUGGGCGUUGUACGCUGAAAACCCGCUUAUAGCACAAGAUACAGACGCUUAUAAAACCGAACCUAUGCAGAAGUUUGGAAUGCUGAAGUGGCAGGUUUGGCGAGCAAUACGGCUGAUCGUAGACACAGGUUUGCAUUACGUGGGAUUUUCAAGGAACAAGGCAUUGGAAUACUUUAGUAAAUAUGCGUGGGACGAUACAGACCUUGCUCAAAAAGAGGUUACUCGGUACCAGAGCAACCCAGGACAAGCGACUGCGUAUAUGAUUGGUCAAUUGGAGAUUGAAAAAGCCAGAAAGUAUUCCAAAGAUAAUUUGGGUGAUAAAUUCAAUCUGCCUGAUUUCCAUUACCAGGUUCUCGCCCAAGGUUCCUCUCCGCUGGCCUACUUAUCAGAUCACAUUAAAAAAUAUGUAGCGUGCGUCAAAGGCAAGGCGAAGGAGGGCUGUGACGUCAUACUGAGACCGCUGAAGAAAAGUAAUGGAAAGAAGACAGCAGAGGCGUCCCGUUGGCAAAAGAUACCGAAACCUAUUGUACAUUAUAUAUGAGGUGGACUUCUUAUCAGUGAUUGCCAGUGAGGUCAAACCUAAUUCGGAACUUAACGAGAUAAAUUAAAAACGUGUGAUCGAACAGUUUUCAAAUAAAUAACAUGUAGAUGUAACUUGUUAGCCCUUCGUCGGAGCGACGACGAAGGGCUAACGCUCGAAA